AUGUUUGGUGGUGGCUUUGAGAGUUUCUUUGGUGGUGGUUUUGAGGGCGGUGCAGGAGGUGCAGCCGGAGGUGCGUCGAAGCCCGUUGAGAAUACCAAGUUUUAUGAAGCACUGGGUGUCUCCAAGACAGCAACAGCUGCUGAGAUUAAGAAAGCUUAUCGUAAACUUGCUCUGAAGAAUCAUCCGGAUAAAGGUGGUGAUCCGGAACUCUUUAAGACGAUUACCGUAGCUUAUGAGGUUCUCUCGGAUACAGAAAAACGUGAAGUAUACGAUCAAUACGGAGAAGAAGGACUACAAAAUGGAGGAGGUGGUGGAGAUGCCAGUGACUUGUUUAGUCAGUUUUUCCGUGGUCAAGGAGGACGUCGACCACGUGGUCCACAAAAAGGAGAAGAUUUGACCCAUCCACUGAAGGUGUCGCUUGAAGACUUGUACAAUGGCAAGACGGUCAAGCUUGCAGUCAAUCGAGACGUCCUUUGCAGUCGAUGUGAAGGCCGUGGGGGUGCCGAAGGAGCAGAAAAGACAUGUGAUACGUGUCAAGGACGUGGGAUGCGUGUCCAGCUUCGUCAUAUUGCACCAGGAAUGGUCCAGCAGAUGCAGAGUGUGUGUCCGGACUGUCGUGGCCAAGGAAAGAACAUUCGAGAGACGGAUCGAUGCAAAGGAUGCAAGGGGAAGAAGGUGACGAAGGAACGAAAAGUGCUGGAAGUUCAUAUUGAAAAGGGAAUGCGUAAUGGACAACGCAUUACGUUUGCGGGAGAAGCUGAUCAAGCACCUGGUACAGUUCCUGGUGACAUUAUAUUUGUUGUCCAGGAGAAGGAACAUACGACAUUUCAACGAAAGAGCAGUAAUCUCAUUAUGGAGAAGAAGAUUAGUCUUGUUGAAGCUCUUUGUGGCUUUGAGAUGAUUGUCGAACACUUGGAUGGUCGUCAUCUACACAUUAAGACGCGGCCUGGUGAGAUCAUCAAGCCCAACCAGUUUAAGUCGGUGCACGGAGAGGGAAUGCCUACGCAUGGCAACCCUUUUGUCAAGGGUCAGCUUGUUAUCUUGUUCAAGGUGCAGUUCCCGGAGAGCGGUAGUCUGUCGGAGAAGCAGCUCAGUGUGCUCAAGAGCACGCUGCCUGCCCCUACGCCCGUGACCCCCCUAGCCGAGUCAGAGGAGUGCUUCUUGUCGGACUUUGACGCCGAAGCUGCUAAGGCCGAACAGCAGCAGCGUGAAGCGUACGACUCGGACGAGGAGCGCGGUGGCCAGCGUGUGCAGUGCCAGCAGCAGUAG